AUGUCCACGUCCGGCCUUCCUCACGGUGGACGGUGGGACACCAUCCUCGCAGCACCGAUAGCGCUGGUGGGCCUCAUCCAUCCUGCAUCCUUUCAUGCCAUGGCCGGCCUGCUCCCCGGAGGCGGCCCCUCGGUCUGCGCUUUCUCAGCAAGGAUAUCGAACUGA